AUGAAUCGUUCUGGAAGAUUUCAAUUGUUUUUGUAUAUGAAUCGUUUUGGAAGAUUUCUAUUGUUUUUGUUUAUGAAUCGUUUUGGAAGAUUUCUAUUGUUUUUGUUUAUGAAUCGAUUUGGAAGAUUUCUAUUGUUUUUGUUUAUGAAUCGUUAUGGAAGAUUUCUAUUGUUUUUGUUUAUGAAUCGAUCUGGAAGAUUUCUAUUGUUUUUGUUUAUGAAUGGUUCUGGAAGAUUUCUAUUGUUUUUGUUUAUGAAUCGUUCUGGAAGAUUUCUGUUGUUUUUAUUUAUGAAUCGUUCUGGAAGAUUCCAAUUGUUUUUGUUUAUGAAUCGUUUUGGAAGAUUUCUAUUGUUUUUGUUUAUGAAUCGUUUUGGAAGAUUUCUAUUGUUUUUGUUUAUGAAUCGUUUUGGAAGAUUUCUAUUGUUUUUGUUUAUGAAUCGAUCUAGAAGUUUUCUAUUGUUUUUGUUUAUGAAUUGUUUUUGUUUAUUAAUCGUUCUGGAAGAUUUCAAUUGUUUUUGUUUAUGA